AUGGAAAGUAAAACUACAUUCAAGACAGAAUAUGCGGUUCAAAUGACAUGCAAAGACUGCGUUGAGGCAGUCAAGAAUGUGUUAUCUGAAGUUCCUGGAGUUGAUCAUUUUGAUAUUAACCUCGAGGAACAACGCGUGGUUGUAGAAGGAACAGCCCCUCCUUCAAAAGUAUCAAAACUUUUAAAAAACUCUGGAAGGAAAGUCAUUGUUCGCGGACAAGGAACUACUAAAGGAGCACAUUCUGGUGCAGCUGUAUGCAUAUUCGAGCCUUACACCUUUGAUAUUAAUUUAAUACAACAACCACAAAAACAAUAUGACCCUAAAGGGCUCGCUCGCUUUGUACAAAUAGACAGUGAGAUAUGUCUUAUUGACAUUACAGUCGAAGACUUUCCACCAGGUAAUCACGGCGUUCACAUCCACGAACUAGGAAACAUUUCUCAAGGUGCACAAAGCACCGGCGAACACUAUAACCCAGGAAACAAGGAACAUGGUGACGUGACAACAGGCCACGCAGGUGAUUUGGGAAAUAUCGAAGUCGAUGAACGCGGACACGGUGAUUUGGUUAUUGAAAGUAGUCAGCUUAAAGUCUGGGAUUUGAUUGGACGAUCAAUGGUUAUUAGUUUGAACGAGGAUGAUUUAGGAAAAGGUGGUAAUCCGCAGAGUAAGAUUGAUGGUAAUUCAGGUCCGGGGUUGAUUGCGGGGAUUAUUGCCCGUAGUGCUGAUGAAAUAGUCGUCAGUGAUAAGCCUUUUGAUCUUGGAAUAAAUCGUAGUAAACCCGAAAAGAAUAAUAAACCAGAGAUGAAAAAUGAGCAGGGAUUGCGGAGAAGUACUCGUAGAAAAAUUAGGCCAUUGAAAUUUUGGAAAAACGAAAAAGUUGUUUAUGGGCGAGCCGAAGGUUCAAAAGUACCAGUGCCAGUCAUAAAAGAAAUUAUCACCAUUUCUGAUGACGAGGAGGUAAUUCGUCCACCACCGAGAAAACAUUCGACUACUGAGAAACGUGCGACUACAGAAAAAAAAAAGUCGCAAAUAUUAGAUUGGGAAACUGGAAAAGCUGUUACUCGUCAUAUUAUUUUCAUGCCAUCAAUGCUCAAACCAAAAUCUGUUGUCACUUAUAAGUACAAGUUCCAAAAGACAUUUUCCGAGGGGCAGUUUCUAUCGAGUGGUGUUCUUGUGUUACCGAAAGGAGCCGAGAAACCUUCGAAGAAUUCUAAAGAUAGUAGUAUGAUAUUUUAUGUAAUCAAAGGAAAGAUCAGUGUCACUGCUCACAAAACAACCUUCCGAGUUCCCGCUGGUGGGCAAUUCCUAAUUCCAAGAGGUAAUCAAUAUCGCAUUGUUAAUAAUAGCAAAGAUGAGGCCAAACUUUUCUUUUCGCAAGCUAGAGAAUUUAUUGAAAUCAAGUCUAAGGAAAUGGAAGAAGAUGGUAAGAAAAAAAGUCAUGUGGAUAUGGGAUAUGAAAGAAUUAAUUGA